AAAGACGCAAUGACUCUCCAGUGGACCGCCGUUGCCUUUUUUCUGUAUGCAGAGAUAGUGGUCAACCUCAUCCUGUGCAUUCCCUUCAUAUCAGCACGGAGGUGGCGUUCGGUUUUUAGCUGGAGAAUUUGGAGCUGGUUGUCCCCCUACUGGAAUAAAUGCUUCUUUGCAAUAAUCAUGGCUCUCAUUAUCCUUUUCAUUGAUGCUGUCCGGGAGGUGCAGAAGUACUCGGGUCCUGAGCCCAUGCAAGAUGCCAAAGUGAACCCCACCUUAUAUGAUCACGUCUACAUGAAGCUGUUCAGGGCCCAGAGGAACCUUUACAUAUGUGGCUUCUCUCUUUUUCUGUGGCUUAUCAUGCGUCGGGUUGUGACAUUGCUCAACCAGGUUGCCAUCUCCAUGGAGAACAGUGAGGGCCUUCAGGCGCAGAUGGAUAAUGCCUUUAAAGCAGCCAAGAAGCACCAGGAAGACAACCAGACGCUCAAAGCAGCACUUUUAGAGGAGGAAAAGUCCAUGUCAGCAUCAAAACAACAACUGAAACUGGAGGCUGAAAAGCUGACAGGCCAACUGAGGGCUGCUGAGGAAGCUGUGCGAAAGUCUAAUGCGGAAGUUGAAGCGAUGAGGAGGCAGGCCAAAGGUCUGGCACAAGAGUAUGACAGACUGUUAACGGAACAUCAUCAGCUUCAGAAUCUUCAGACUGCUGAGGACAAAAAGGAUCAGUAA